UAUUUUUUGUAAAUAAACGUUCUCUACCUUUUGUGUUGUAUUGAAAACAGCUAAGAUUAACUGACCAAGUUCAGCAUAGCAAAUCUUCUGCCCUUACAAUGUCUAAUCAACCUCAGCCACAACCACCGGCACCAGCACGGGCUCAACCACCGGCAACGGCACAACCACCUGCAACAGCACCGGCGAAGCCCUCUAAGCCAUUGAAAUACGGAAUAUUCUUGAUAGCCGGACUGGUUUUCCUUGUGGGUAUAACUGCGAUGAGUCGAUGGGUAAUAGUGACUCAAAAGAGGCUUCAGUACCGCAUUGAAGAUGGCUCAAUCCAUGACUUUAACAUAACCAACAACCAUCUCAAUGCCACCUUCAAAUUUGUCCUAAGAUCAUAUAAUCCUAACAAGAAGCUCUCUAUUUACUACGACAAGAUUGAAGCAAAGAUGAAAUAUGAAGGUAAGCCUGUCGCCAGCUGCACCGUUGAUCCGUUCUUUCAGCCUCACCGGAAUGUGACAAUGUUGGAGGUGAAGCUUGUGGUUCAAAAUGUGUUGCUGUCCGAGCCAGUGGCUAGAGACCUGGGGCUCGAGCAGUCAUCAGGGGAGGUCGGGUCCGAGGUUCAGGUCGAGGCAACGAUAAGGUUGAAGGUGGGAGUAUGGAAGACCAAACACCAUAGGCUAAUGAUUUUUUGUGCUCCACAUUUCUCUUCAUCAAACAAUUUCACCAGGACUUCCUGUGUCAGUUACUUCGGUCCUAAGAUUUUUCGGUAGUUUAUUGAUUGAUGAAGCUCUAUGGUUUGGUUUUCUCUUUUUUUGCAAUUGGGAUUGUACCUUGAAAAAUAAAUACAUUAAUUAUUGAAUCAAAACUUCUGCUUUUC